CAAGCAGAGACAACCCAUAACCAGUUGCAUCAACCAAGACUGGGUGGGAUGCGCUUGACUUCAUAACGACGUUGACGACACGCAUGACGCAGACCUCUGUGACGGCGGGAAACCACACUCCACCAUUCCACCGGCACACAUUCUAUCUGUAGCUAUACCUUUCUUUCUUUUCUUUCUUCGUCAAGUCGCCCCAGAUGGCGGCAGUGGAAGCCGUGUCUGAGCCCCCACACGGGUGGCUGUCCCAUGUCGACCCACUGACAUACGAGUCGGUCAACGUGUGGGACUCGUCUAACGGCCUCGCCCUCUUCCUGGCUCAAGUCAUGAUCAUCCUUGCCCUGUGCUAUAUCCUUGGCCUCGCCUUCCAGCGCCUCGGUCAACCAAAGGUCGCGGGCGAGCUCCUCGCUGGCGUAUGCCUGGGCCCCACGGUGUUUGGAAACAUUCCUGGCUUCACCGAGAAGAUUGUGCCCUCGCAGUCGCUGCCCCUCCUCACACUCACGAGCAACAUCGGCCUCGUCUUCUUCAUCCUCCUCGUCGGUCUUGAGACGGACACGGACCUGAUCAAAAAGUACGCGCGCCAGGUCGCCCUCAUCGCGUUACCUGGCAUGGCUGUCCCCUUUGCGGUCUCGGUCGGGCUGGCCAUGUUCGUGUACGAGCACAGCACGGCAAAGACGGUCGAAUUCACAACGUUUAUGCUCUUUGUCGCCACCGUCAUGGCCGUCACCUCUCUUUCGGUCCUCUCACGCGUCCUGUCGGAGCUGAGGCUGCUCAACACUGUCCUGGGCAGCGUUACGAUCGCCGCGGGCGCGCUCAAUGACCUCAUCGGCUACCUUCUCCUGGCCCUGGGAAGCAGCCUGGGAAGCGGCGGAGAAAAGAUCAAUGCCCUCUACCAGCUCCUCGUCGCCCUCGCCCUGGCGCUCGUCCAGUGGUUUGUCGUGAGACCCAUCAUGUUUCGCCUCAUUCUCCGAUCGGGCUUCGACCUGUACGGCACCGGCGGCGGUGGCGGCGACAAGAUGCAGCAGCACCAGCGCGUGCCAGAGCACCUGCUCGCGCUCACGCUCCUCGGCGCUCUCAUCUCGGCCUGGAUCACCGAGGCGUGCAGUCUCCACCCCAUCCUAGGCUCGCUCCUCUUUGGCAUCGCCCUGCCGCAUCACAACUUUGCCGUGCGCGUCACCGAGUCCAUCGAGACGCUCGUCAUCGGCACGCUGCUACCCCUCUACUUUGUCACGUCGGGCCUCAACGCAAACUUCAAGCUGCUCAACACCGGUCUCGUCUGGGGCCAGAUCUUUCUCAUCUUUUUCGUUGUCUUCAUCAGCAAAUUUGCCAGCACGACGCUUUCUGCUAAAGUUGCCGGCUUCUCCUGGCGCGAGUCGAGCUUCGUCGCAGCGCUGAUGCAGAGCAAGAGCAUCAUCGAGCUCAUUAUCCUCAAUGCCGGCCUCGAGAUUGGUGUCCUCAACAAGCAGGUCUAUGCCAUGCUCUUCAUCACCUUUAUCUUCUCCACGCUCACCGUACGACCCUUGGCCACGGCCAUCUAUCGCCCUCUCGCAGAAGAAAAGGCUCGUCAACCACGCGAGGAGGGACGAGAAGUCGAGCGAUCGAAUGUGGCCGACGACGGGGAGGGAGGAGAGAAGCGAGGAGCCCUGGAGCUGAAGGAUCACUUCGCCAUCGUGGCCGCCGUUACCUCGGCCAAUCCGAGCGUCCAGGGACUGAUGUCGUUCAUCGGCCUCGUCAGCGGUGGGUUUCGUUCGCCGGAUGAGAGCGGCAACACAGACGAAGCUGCGCGCAUCGCAGUCGACUUUCUCAGGCUUCUCCCGACGACGGAGCAUUCGACGGCCAAUAUCAUGCGCCUCCUCUUUUCACACGACUUGGGCCAGAGCGACGAGGUGCUAGCCGCGCUCAAGACAACGGCUGCGCUCAACAAUGUCGUCGACUCCCGGUCCCUUUCCACCGGCCAUCUUCGCACGGGCAGUCUCGACGUGCAAAGCGCCGGGGGAAAUCUACCCCAGGACGUCAUCAGCGUGUCGAACGACGAGUCGAUGAUUUCGGCACUCCGCAAGAGCUUAGCUCGGGCCGAAGGUCGCCUGCACUCGAGCAAGGCUGCUGACAGAGCGUUGCGAGCGGGAGGCGCAAGCGAGCUCGGCAAGGCCAUGGUGCUCGUCGCCUGGGAGAGCGCAGUCGUCGUGUCGCACGGCACCUCGUGGCUCCAGAGCGCGGCCGUCGCUGCGGGCUUCGUCGACGCUGGGCUUGGCGCAGGCCAAGAGGCCGGCUAUGACGACGAGCAGGAGGCGACGCGGUACGCAAGGCUGAAGACGGGCGCCAAUUCGAUUCCGCGUACGCUCAUGGGCCGUCUCAAGGAGCAGACGGUCGGCGUCGUCGUCGAUGCGAGGCUGCUUGACGCCCAUGGCGGCAACAGUGGAGCGCCUGUCGUCAGCCUAGCGCAGCGGCGACGAGUCGAGGAGGAUCUGUGGAGACUUGGCGGCGUGAAGCUCUCUCGGGGGCGGCUGCGGAAGAGCAGGAUCGUGGUGCCGUUCUUUGGAGGCAAGGACGAUCGGGCUGCCGUGGAGCUGUGCGAGCGCAUGGCAUCGCGCUCCUCUCGCGUCGAGGCCAUCAUAGUCUCGGUCGCCAGCAGAUCCGACAACGAGGAGGAGAUGCAGACGAUACUGGCUGGGGGUCAUCGCGCCAUUGGAGAGGAGAGACAGGACGAUGGGAAGAACGAAGAAGAGAACCAGACGACAGUCAACCUCAAGACGAUCCAUCAGGCAGAAGCCGACCACGUAGAUGCCCGCUUUCUCUUUGGACAGUGGCAGUCGGACGAGGACGACGUACAAGGACAGGCUCAUGAGGGUAACUCCGACAAGGAGGCAGAGGCAGAGACGAAAGUGCGGCAGGUCGGGAAUGUGACGUCUGUCAGUCUCCAGCCUCCUGCUUCGUCCACUGAUAUUACGGAUGUCGAGGCAGUGCUCUCUUUUUGCCUUGGUCUCCUCGACGAACGCUGCGGCGACAUGGUCCUGGUGGGGCGGGGCAAGAUCGGGCAGAGGCCGCGCAACUUUCGCAGCAAGGUCGAAGCCGUGGUGCAGAAGAGGAGCGCCGUGCUGAGCCACGAUGCCCUCGCAGAGCUGAGGAGCGUCGGCAAGACGCUGGGUGCUGCGGCCGAGGGAUGCCUCGCCAGUGGCAUCCAGACCUGCCUGCUGGUGGUGCAGGCAGGAACAACAAACGAGCGGAACAUAACAUAACACACAAGUCUAGCACUACAUCAAAACUGUACUUGUAUAACGACCCAUAUUGCACAUCGAUUGCAUUAGCAC